AUGCAUUCGGGUUCAACUGCAGCAGCAGCAGCAGCUGCAGCAGCAGCAGCUGCAGCAGCAGCAGCAGCGGCUGCUGCUGUUGUUGCUGCAUCCCCGGCAGCAGCAGCAGCAGCAGCAAUACCAGCAGCGACAGCAAUGCGGCAGCAGAAGCAACAGCAGCACCAACAACAGACGCACAGCAGCAGCAGCAGCAAUACCAGCAGCGACAGCAAUGCGGCAGCAGAAGCAACAGCAGCACCAACAACAGACGCAGUAACAACAGAAACAGCUGCAGCAGCAGCAACAGCAGCAGCAGCAGCAGCAGCAACUGCAGCGGGAGCAGCAGCAGAGGAACCAGGGAAAGCAGCAAACGCAGCCACACAGCAGCAGUCGAGAAAACAGCAGCAGCAGCAGCAGCAGUCGCAGCAACACAAACACAGGCAGCAGCAACAGUGGCAGCAGCAGCAAUUAAGCAGCAGCAGCAGCAGCAGCAACCGCUGCCGCAGCAGCAAAAUGGCAGCAGCAACAGCUGCAGCAGCAUCAAGACCCACAACCGCAGCAGCAGCAACCACAGGGGGAACAGCAGCAACAACCACAACAGCAGCAGCAGCAACCACAACAGCAGCAACAGUUGCAACGGCAGCAGCAACGACAAGAACAACGCAGCAGCAGCAGCAGCAAGAGCAGCAGCAGCGGCAGCAAGAGCAGCAGCAGCAGCAGCAGCAGCAGCAGCAGCAGACCUUCAUCGCUGAAUUCCUCAAGGGAAGGAAAUGCUUCUCUCCAGCUGGCGAUUUGCUGCGGGUCAUAAGUUAG